AUGAAAGUGCCUCGUGCAGGACUUUCACUGAUAGUUUUCUCAAAAGCGAGCUUCUCGAGUUCUCAAUCAGUUGCAAAUCAAUUGUCAAAGCCUGAGAAAAACUGCCCGAGUAUGAAUUUGCAAGCCGAAAAAUCGUCAGUCAAAAUCGCAGACAGUACAGUAUCGUAUACAUGUAAAAUGAAUAAUGAGGACUCGGUAGAAAGAAAAAACUCUGUUGAGAACUCUUGCGAUAAGCGCGAGCCUGCGAAUACAUUGGCCUCCGAUAAUGAAUCGACAGAGCAAGAAGUCGAUGAGCGCGCGAAUGAUCCUAAAUGCGAUGCAGCAACGGGCAACGAAAAGAGCGAAGAACUGAGCUCCGAGGAAAGAUCCGAAGAAGAAGAAAUCCAAGAGGAAUACCUAAAACAAAUCGAUGAGAACCUGCGAAGUGGUCAUUACAGAGAUUACUAUUACCAAAUGCCUCCCUACUUCAACCAUCAUACCUUCAAGGAAGCAAGGAGGCAAGGAAAGUGCUUCGAAUAA